GCGAGUGUGAGAAGUGGGAAAUGUUUUGCGCCUCCUCUUCAGUUCAUUCGUGAAUUUCAUUCUGAGAGCAUUUCACUGCGACUGCGGACUUGAGCCUUUCAGUUUUUUUCUUCUUCUCUAUUCCAUCAACAUUUUGUGACUGCAUUAGUCUGUGUUGCAAUCCUUCAUCUUCAGACACUCCAGGAUGUCUAAAUUCUUCUGUACCGACAACUCCAAGGUGACUCUGGGUGUUGCUGUUGGGGUAGGAGUUGUGGCAGCUGUUACAGCGGGAUACUUGUACAAGAAGAAAUUGGAAAAUUCACCUCCGAAAAAAUGGCGACGUGUUGGAGAACUUUCGGACUUAAUGAUCUACCCAAUAAAGUCAUGUGGACCAAUUCGUGCAAAUGAGGUUGAUUGCACCAUCCUCGGUCCACAGGAUGGCCACCUGCGGGAUCGUGUCUUCAUGAUCAUCACCCCUGAGGGGCAAUUCAUCACAGGCAGGAGUCACCCGAAGUGUGUGCAGAUUCAGCCACGAUUCGAUGGGGACAAGAUGAUUCUGUCAGCACCAGGAAUGUUGGAUAUUGAGGUAGAUGUGAAGCGAUUGUACGAUCAGAAGCCAAUUCGGGCGGUAGUUUGGGGUCAAGCAGUCGAUGCUGUGGAGUGUGGUGAGGAGGUGGCCAGAUGGAUUUCGCGAUUCCUCGUUAGUGAGGACAUUGGAAUGCGUCUGGUCUUCUAUCCCAAUGCACUCCCCACACGCGACGUUCGCGAAAAGAACAAGGGCUUCCCAGAUCUUACAAAAAUCGACUCAGGCGCCCUCCACGAUGCCACGAGUUUUAUGAUGAUGAACGAGGCAUCAGUUGCGGAGCUGAAUACGCGUCUCAAGGAUGCUGUAACGCCUCUCCAGUUCAGGCCCAAUUUCCUCGUCAAGGGUCCCACGACACCCUUUGAGGAGGAUCACUGGAAAUGGGUGAAAGUUGGAAAUGUCAUCUUCAGGAAUGUGAAACUCUGUGGAAGAUGCAUUUUCACCAACAUCAAUCCGGAAACAGCGCAGAGAAAUCCCGAUUUUCAGCCACUGAAAACCCUUAAAUCCUAUCGAAUGGUUCCCGAUGCAGGAGAUUCUCCGAUUUUGGGCAUUCAUCUCGGAGUACGCGUCCCAGGGAAGAUUGCAUUGGGAGAUGCAGUCUAUGUGGGAGAAUAAAUUGUGUAGCCUUGAAAUUUUCAUAUGUACAACAUUCCUGGAAAAUUCCCUUUUUGAUACAUUACAGGCGCUUUUAUAGAUUCUUCUAGAGAAAUGCGGCACAAAUAAAUUCGCGUAAAAAUA